AUGGUCACCAAUGAGAGUUUCAAGGCAAGCCAAAUGAAUAGUGCCUCAGAUGUCACGUAUACUGACCAACCAGUUUAUCAGUUCACCAUCUACACUUCUACGGCUUCACAGUGGGCUUAUGUUCCUCAGCUUGCGCUAGUACAGGAGGGAUACAAUCCAUCAGAGUAUGACUCGCAACAUAUCGAUCUUGUUGGCGGAGAGAAUUUUAAUCCUGAUUAUCUGAAAAUUAAUCCGAACGGGACAAUUCCAUCAUUGACAUCGCCAGCUCUUCAGAGGCCUUUGAUCGAAAGCGUGGAUAUCCUAGAGUAUCUUGACUCUUUCCGACGUGAAAAAUUUCCGUUAUUUCCAACCAACGCCGAACAGCGGAGUAGGGUCAAUGACCUGAUUGCACAUGUCCACCAAGAGAAGCUCUCUACAAAUCUCAUCCUUCUAAAAGCGCGCGAUCUAUCAGAGCUCAACGCAAAAAGGGCUAGUCUUUGGAACGAUUUUCUCGUCAAUCGACAGAAGAAACUCAUUAAAUACGGUGCUGCUCACCCAGAAAUACCACUAUAUCAGAUUCGUAUUCAAGAGAACGGUAAACUGUAUGAUAUUUAUAAGAAUCAGAAAGGAGGAACAGCACUUGAUCAGUUUUUCAGUGAUUCGGAGCAUGACUAUCAAGUUUUCGCAACUGGACUUGAUAAACUCGACACAAUGCUCAUUCUGCCUUAUGCUGUCGGUGACAACGUCACUGCUGCCGACUUACAUGUCGUGCCAUGGUUAGCGCAUGCACUGUGGGGGGCAGGAGGGAGCCAGGUUUACGACUUCAAUCCUUUGGAGAAACUGAUACAGAAAUCAGUGCCACAAUUUUGUUUUGGAGAGAAGACCAAGGCUUGGUGGCAAAAUAUUUCGAAAACGAAUGCGUUCAGAAAGAAUUAUCCCGCUUUACAUUGA